UAUAUGCAUUUAUCGCAAGAGGUUAUCGUUUGUUCCUAUCGGUUAAAAGAUUAUUGAAGUACAUCAUAUUUAGAUUAAAUAAAAAAGUAUUGCCUAUAGUAUAUAUAUUAAAAAUAACUCUUAUAAAGGACCUAAAAGUAGGUUUCGAGAAAUAACUAGUCAGUACUUCACACAGAGUUAGAAUGAAAAAGUCUUUUCUAUUGUUAAUCCUGCCGGCCUUGACGUCUUGUGCUUUAGUAAAAGGCGACACCGGCAACAACGAAAUACGAGACGACGAGUGCAAUCUGCCCUCAGAACUCUCAAACGAAAUUCGCUCCUACGAAGGAAUCGCUAAUAAAAUCAUUAACAGUUUAAUCUAUGGGAAGUACAAGGGUGGUACUUAUAAAGAACUGGCGAAAUUCGUGGACAAAUUCGGUGCGAGAGUGUCCGGCACCGAAAAUUUGGAAAAUGCCAUCGAUUACGUCCAAGAUUUAAUGAAAACCCAUGGAUUAGAGAACAUACAUGGCGAAGAAGUCACCGUACCCCAUUGGGUCAGGUAUAAAACUUUGCAGAUGAUGUUGCAACCGCGCAGAACAAACCUUCCCGUCUUGGGUCUGGGGGGCUCAAUUAGCACUUCUGAUGAAGGACUUGAAGCUGAAGCCAUAGUGGUGAACACAUUUGACCAACUGAAAUCUGACAAUGUUUCCAAACUCGUUAAAGGUAAAAUAGUGGUUUUCAAUGAGGAUUGGACAAGUUAUGGGGGGUCUGUGCAGUACAGAAGCCACGGUGGCACUGAAGCCGCUAAGCUGGGUGCAGUAGCUGCACUUAUCAGGUCAGUCACUCCAUUUUCAAUGAGAACUUUACACACUGGUUGGCAGGAUUAUGAGGAUAAUGUAACCCAGAUUCCUACUGCAAGUAUUACAAAAGAGGAUGCUCAGAUGUUGCAAAGAUAUCAGGACAGAGGUCAAAAAAUUGUUAUUAAGUUAAACUUGAAUUAUAUGAGGUACAAUGAUUCAAUAUCAAGGAAUUCUGUAGGAGAAAUUAUUGGUUCAUCUGUUCCUCAGAAGGUGGUGCUAGUAAGUGGCCACAUUGACAGUUGGGAUGUAGGAGUAGGCGCCAUGGACGAUGGUGGUGGUGCCUUUAUUAGUUGGUACGCCUUGGCUGUCUUAAAUGGUCUGGGCCUUAGGGCCAAAAGAACUCUUAGGACGGUGCUAUGGACAGCAGAAGAGGAAGGACUUAUCGGUUGGUCGGCAUAUAACGAGAGUCACUUUAACGAAUUGGAGAAUUUCACGUUCGUCAUGGAGUCGGACGAAGGCACUUUUACACCGUUAGGGAUCGAGUAUGCCGCUGGCAUCAAGGGGGGAUGCAUUAUUCAAGAGAUCGUCAAGUUGUUGGCCCCAAUAAAUGCCACCCAAGCUGUUUAUGGUAGUUCAGUGGGGUCGGAUAUAUCCCCAUGGACAUCUUCUUUGAUACCCGGAGCCAGUCUUUUAAAUGCAAAUGAAAGGUACUUCUGGUUUCACCACUCAAUGGCGGACACCAUGGACGUCCUGGAUCCGGACAAUCUGGAUAAGGCGACCGCAGUAUGGGCGGUCGUCUCCUACAUAAUCGCCGACCUAACCGAAGAGUUCCCGAGGGAACGAGACGAAUCAACUAAGAACACUAAGGCGAAACUCGUAUUUUACCCAAGAAGGACAUAAACACACAUAAUUAAUAAUAAUAAUAAUAAUAUUUAUUGAUUCUUCAAUAACUAUCUUACAAUAUACAAACUCCAAAAAUAACCAACCGUCUGUAACAAAAUAAGCGAAUAUCAACUAAAUAAUAAUUACGUUUUAACAGCGGAAAAUAAUGGUCAUCAAAUGAACAAAAAAACGUCAUUCGAAAAUUGCAGUAUUAACUCGAUCAAGGGUGUAAAAAUUUGAGGUGCCAAAAUAUACUUUUUAAGUUGA